CAGAACAACAAUGACGGCCGUGCUGAGUCUUCCUGCUGGAGACGUCUACAACAUCACAGUCACUGCCUGUACAGAAAGGAGUAGUAACACAUCUCUGCCAUAUAGGGUGAGGCUAGAUCCGGCGCCCCCUAGGUCACUUUAUGCCGUCAACAAGACUCAGACGUCCUUCACCCUCCUAUGGGUAGAGGAAGGAUUCUCCGAUUACUACGAGGUCGUCUGCUGGCGCUUAGAUCCGGUGCAGAGUAAAUAUGAAAAGGACCCGGUGACCGUCUUUUCACAUGUGGUAACAAUAGGCAAUCUCCAUCCGGGGACAUCAUAUAACUGCAGCAUUAGCGCGGUCAGCCACCGGACGCCCAGCAUCCCCACCUACAUCAUGGUCUCCACAUUAGUGGCCGAGGUGAACCCUAAUGUGGUGGUGAUAUCGCUGCUGGCUAUCCUCAGCAUCCUCCUGAUUGGCCUCUUACUGGCGACGCUCAUCGUCUUACGCAGGAAACAUCUUCAGAUGUCGAGGGAAUGUGGUGCUGGGACAUUUAUUAAUUUCGCCACGCUGGAGAGAGACGGGAAGCUUCCGUACAAUUGGCGUCGGAGCAUCUUUGCUUUCCUAACGCUUCUGCCCUCCUGUCUGUGGACUGACUACCUCUUGGCUUUUUAUAUUAACCCUUG